GUCGUGCGCACUCCGCAGGGAAAAGUAUAUAGAUUAGGACGGUGCACACAGAUUCCAUUUGGAAACUUGGAACCAUUUCGCUGCCAAAUAUAAGUCUCUGUGUACUUGGAUUUCUAUCAAGUCAAUUGAUUCGCAGAACAAAUGGCUCUUCGAACACUAGUCAGUAGUGGGAAAACCCUAGGUCGAUUCUCCAGGUUUCAGCAACAGAUUCGUGGACUGCAGACGUUUACGCUUCCGGAUCUCGCCUACGAUUAUGGCGCUCUGGAGCCGGUGAUUAGCGGAGAGAUUAUGCAGCUCCAUCACCAGAAACACCACCAGGCUUACAUUACCAACUACAAUAAGGCUCUCGAGCAGCUUGAUGACGCCAUCGCUAAGGGUGAUGCCUCCACUGCCGUCAAAUUGCAGAGCGCCAUUAAGUUCAAUGGCGGAGGUCAUGUGAAUCACUCAAUUUUUUGGAAGAAUCUUGCUCCUACAAGUGAAGGUGGUGGUGAGGCACCACAUGGUUCUUUGGGGUGGGCUAUUGACCAACACUUUGGUUCAAUGGAAAAGUUGAUUGCCAAGAUGAAUGCUGAAGGUGCUGCUGUGCAGGGCUCUGGAUGGGUGUGGCUUGCAGUGGACAAGGAGUUGAAAAGGCUUGUGGUUGAGACAACUGCAAACCAGGACCCCUUGGUUACAAAAGGUGCAACUUUGGUUCCUCUGAUUGGCAUAGACGUUUGGGAGCAUGCAUACUACUUACAGUACAAAAAUGUAAGACCCGAUUAUUUGAAGAAUAUUUGGAAAGUCAUCAACUGGAAGUAUGCAAGCCAAGUCUAUGAGAAAGAAUGCCCUUAAAAGGAAAGACUUUUGACACCUUACCUACUACACACACGAUGGCAGGUGUAUGCUUCAUUUGGACAUGCAUGUAAUAAGUAAAGUCCCAUUUUUCCUUGGGGCUUGGCCUUUGUGUAUGUAUGUAUGCAAAUUGCAAAACAUGUAUAAACCCAUGUCUUGUUGUUUUGCUUUUUGCUUUUUGCUUUUUGCUUCUUGUAAUUGUAACCUCCCCUUUCUAGUUUCUGUUCGUUCAAAAAAACUAAGAGUUGAUGACAGUUGAUCCUGGUUUAUGUUUGUUGGUUGUUGUUUAUUCCAC